AUGGCGGGAGUUAAAGGGAUGGAUCGAAUCCAAAACAAAGCUCUUCACAUGGCAUUGGCAGGUCAUAAUGUCUUGGUGACAGGAUUUCCUGGCACUGGACAAUAGUUUUUAAUUUCCGAGAUUGCCCAAAACUUAAAAUUAUCUGGCAAAAUAGUUGCUGUUACUGCAACCACGGGAAAGGCUGUACAGGUCCUCCAAGGGAAAAUCCCACCAGCAUCAAAACUACAAGUGUCGACAGUCCACAAGUUUUUAGGACUCAAAGAUGGAAGAUAUUCAAACGAAGAGCUGGUUUCACUUCUUCAAAGUGAAGAAUCUUUCUCAACAAAAAAUAAAAACAUUAAAACAAUUGACUGCCUCAUCAUUGAUGAGAUUUCCAUGCUAAGCACUAAGUUGUUCGAACAAAUUGAGUGUGUGCUAAGAGACAUGAAAGUUUUUGAAGCAGAAGACGACGGGGACUUAGGAAAGCUAGCUUCUGUUUCUGUACCAAAACAAGUAGCAGUUAAAGUAGGAUGUCCUGUUAUUCUGACAGUUAAUCUAUCAGACGAGCUUGUAAAUGGACUAGCCGGUGAGGUACGAGCCAUAACUCAUGAUACAGUUGAUGUUUAUUUCGAAUCAUUGAAGAGACGGAUGACAUUAAAGCCUUUUUCUUUUACUGUUUAUGAUGCCAACAAGAAAAUCGAUGUUGCAUGCAGAACACAGUAUCCAAUACGAUUGGCAUUUGCCCUUACUGUUCACAAAGCACAGGGCUUAACUGUAAACAGAAUAAGCAUUGAUUGUACACAAAUGUAUCAGUUUGGUCAAAUUGCAGUUGCAAUAAGUCGAUCACAACAAAGAAAGGCUUACAUAUAA